ACAAAAUCGAUAUAACUAUAUAUUGCAUUUUUUGCUAUUUCGUGUGUCCGAAACACGACUGCGAAAUAACGUAGAUACAAACAGCCAUUUUUGUUAUAGGAACUGGUCGUAAGCCCGUGAAUUACGGUCAUCUUUAAAAAACAUUCAUGGUAGUUCCAGUCGUUUGUAUAUAUUCGUCCGCAACUACUUCAGAGUUUACUCGUAAACUUCUUUCAAAAUGCAAGCGUUUUGCAAAAUAAUUAUUCCAAUGCGUCAUAAUGAAAAGUGGUUCUGAAUAAAUUAGUGUCAUUAGCAAUUUUUGGUGAUAUGUGAUAGAAGUUGAUAGAAAAUAAUCAUGUUGAUUUGUAAUAAAUGCCAACUCAAAUAAAAUUCGGUACGCGCCAAAAUUAGAAACUCUAUCAUACCAAAAUUAGAAUUUCCGUUCUUAUCAUAUUCUGCGUUCUUCUUGUAUAGAUUAUUUUAAAUUAAAAAUCAACAUGUCCUCUAUAAAUAAAUUAUUCUUGAUGACUAAUAUUCAUCAAUAAAAAAUAAAUUUAAAUAUCAAAUUUUUUUUCAUUAAUUCAACAACAUCACUUGAUAGAUCGUUAAUGCGAAAUAUGUUCUUUAUAAAAGUUGUAAACAUUCCAUCGUGGAGGAAAUGUGUGUGAGAAGGGCUCUGAUUACAUUAUUAGUAGUUUUAUUAGUAAUUAGCAUCGUUGUCGUAGCGACGCUCUCAGUACUACUUGUUUAUCAAUCAAGGGAGGACAUAUGGAGUGACGUGAAUAUCAGUAUAGCAGUUAUCGUCCUACUUGUAGCAUUUGGUGUCCUUUUGUUUUUUGCAGAAAUCGCGUUGGUGUAUCUUGGUUGCACAAAGCGCUGGUACAAUGAAAGAAAUCGGCCGAAAGACAUACCACCUGCAGUAGUAAACGAAACAUUUCAAAACGACUUACAAGACGAGGAAGUAGUAUUAGAAUUUCCAGACAAUGACGACGAGCCUUUGGAGAUUGCAGCAGCCGCAAUCGAAGAAGAAAAAGAUGAUGGAUUACCAUUAGGCUUUAGAGAAUACCUCGCAACUGCAACAUUCUCAAAAGGUAUAGAUUGGGAAUUUAUCAAGGAAGAAUAUUGUAACGGCAAUCCAAUGGAGAAAGGACAGUAUAUCAAACGAGAAGAAAGCGACUUGUUGAAACUAUUCCAAAGCGCGUCAAAAAAUAAUUUUGAGAUUAAACCUGGACACGGAGGAAAGAUUGUUGUGAAAGCUGAUUUUAAAGAUACAAUAGGUUUUGAAAUUGGUCGUGGAAGGAAGAAGUUAUAUCGCCUACAAAUGGUAUUUACAGAUCGGUUUUAUCUGAAAAAUGCAUAUCCCAUUAAAAAAUGAAUUCUGUAGUUGGUUUUUUUGCAAAAAUUUUGAAAAAUGUCCAAAUGUUUUUCAAGCAUGUACAACCGAUAUUUUUUAUACCUUCCGAUGAACUCUUUUGUAUCUUUUCCCACAAAGCAUAAUUAAACGCCUUUAGGGCGUAAGUGAAUACAUUUUAUAAAAAAGACAUUAGCGAGUCAACAAAUACAAUUUAACGAAAGCUUUCGACCGUAACUUCGGCCAUCUUCAGUCAUAAUACAAAGUUGUUUCAGCAACUAAAUACACUUUAAUAUCAAGAA